UGCGCCAGUCUGCGCGCGCGCUCCGAUGAGCGACCCCGGGUGUCGCACGUCCGUGAUUUAGCGCGCCAUUAUGCCUCUGUUUUCCGAACACAUCGCAAACAUGUAUUACGGGUCAUCAUCCCCUUACACAUCUGCCUACAACUAUGGAAGUUCAGUUUCGCCAUUAGGAACGUCUUACAGUGCUUCGUACCUCAAUCCUGGAAGCAAUUACAGUAAUCACUCGUCUCUCAGUAGCUACUCUCGUGCACCAUUAUCAUCAAGAUGGAUUACCAGUGCAGGAAGAAAUUACUCACCGAUGCUCACCACUAUCUCCGAGCGGGGAUCUGCGAGUCCCGUUCGAAUACACAGCCCGAGAAGGAUACCAAUUUCGUCUAGAACUUACGGUACUCCGAACUAUACGCCGCGUCCUGUAAAUAUAAACACAGCUGAUAUCGAUGUUUCCAGAGAUAGAUACAGGCAUAAAGUGGAGGCUUCUACGCCUCCCUCACCUCCUAAGCCUGAAACAGAGCAGCCAAAAGAGGAUGCCAAUAAUGAUAGUGAAAGUGGUCCGUUCAUGCCCAGAGUUGAUGGCAAACCUGAAACCGGAAUUGACUCUUCGCCGGGGGUCGAAAGGAGUACAAUAAAACGCGGAAGAACAGUGGUAAGACUUUAUACUAUUAAGAGAAAUUCUCCGCGUAAACCCAAUGAGGAACAAGCUUCUGAGGUUACGCAAGACCAAGAAGGUGAACAAGAAGUAAACGAAGAAAAUAAAACAGAUGACAAAGAGUUUAUGAAGUGGAGGGAAAAGCUUUCUGACGAUCUGACGUAUAAAGACAAAAAAGAAAAGAAAACAUUGGGAGCAAAACUUGUAGAAAAAUUCCAUGUCAAGGAUGAAAAUGUGUCGGGAAUACCCAGCAAGGUACAAAGAAAGGAAGCAGGUAAUUCUCAAAGCUUGCCGGCAACUCCAUUGCCAAAACCUGUUUUGGUUGAUAACAUCUAUUUAGACAGAAGAUGUUCAAUGGAGCUUUUGGCGGAACAAGCCAAUCUAUUAGAUUCUUUAAUCAGGAGUGAAAACCUUAGCACUGCAACUUUAGAUUUAACCAAAGUUGGUGUUAAUGAUGAUGCUAAAAGGAACUUGGAGUCAUUCGAGUCAAAUAAAAGACGAAAACAGGACAACUUACAAAACCCUUUAAAAACUACAAAAUCUGACCAUUCACUACAUGAUAGUCUAAAAUCACACAAGGAUGUCAGAGAUCCAAGAAACUUUUCAAAAAGGCGUAGCAUUAGAAAAUCCUCCUCAGGCAGUAGCAUUCGCAGAUUAGAUUCUAUCACCGAAUUUCCAAAAGAACAAGGGAAUAUAGAUUUGCCUGCAAUAGAAGAAAUCAGAUUAUCAGUAAAAAAACUAGAUGACAAGAAACAAAGGCCUAAGCCUAAAUUAAAAACCAAAAUAACGUCCUCUGUAGAAGUAAUUGAGUCUCCCGCGAGCCCGCUUAAGUUUAGGGUUGAAAAUGUUACUGUAGAAGAAAAACCACGUAUCCCAAAGAAAGAAAUAGUAUACAGCAGUGAAGUGGAACAAACAUUACACUCGCGAUUGGAAAAUGAUCAUACCAAACUAAAAACAAUCGGUAAAAAGAAUUCUGUAAAUGAACUUGACUCCCCUGAGCCAGACGACGGAAAUUUCUGGAAUAAAAUAGGCAAAAGAGAAACAGUUUACUUAGUGAAAAGAAAACAAAACUUAGAAGAAGCUAAAGAAAAACAACGUGCCUUAUUCUGGUUCCCAGAGGAAGAAGAGACUUCAAACAUUGAAGAAGCAAAAGAUAAUGUCAAUGAAUCCAAUGUUAAUCUAGAAGGUAUCACGUCUUUAGCUGAUGCUAAAGUCGAAAAAGAAAAAGAAGAAGAUCAUAUGAAGGUGCAGGAAAUGCAGUCACUAAAGAAAAAUGAAGAAGUGAAUCAAAGUAAUGUAAAAUUAGAUUCCACGCCAGAAAUAAGCGCCAACAUAAAGAAUGAAGAACCAAAAGAAGUAGUUGAUGAAAGUAAUAUAGAUGAAGCUAAAAUGAUACAUGAGUUUACUGAAGAAGUGAAUCAUGAGAUAGUGCAAGACACAACAAAGUUAGCUCAGGAAAUUGGAAUACACGGAAACGAUACAUCCUCCACUAAAGUAUCAUCUGAUUCCAAUGAAUGUAAAAAUAUCGGGAAAAGUGCAUCACUGGAUAAUAUUGAUGAAAACAAAGUUAAAAAACCCAGUCAAAAGAAAACAAAAUCAGAAAAAUUAAAGAAAGUUUUGAAAAAGGAAAAUAAAACCGAUUUAAAAUCUCUUCAAACCGCACUUCCGAAGCCCAGUCCAAAAACUGAUAUUACUAAACCCCAGGUAAAGUCAGAAGAUAUAGAAGUCGACAACGUAACGGUACAAGGAAAUGAAGUUGUGUUAGAGAAACCCAAAAAUUCUACACAAAAUACAAUCGACGGACUUGUCACGGUACCUGCAAUAAAUGGCCCUGAAUUGCACAAACAAACAACACAGCAGGACGCAAAGGAUAAGGAAUUGACAACGAAUAUUAUUAACAGCGUCGCAUCAUUAGAACCCACAUCUUCCGAUACUUUACCCAUCAAUGCUGCAGCAACUAAAAUUGAUACAAGUUCACCUGAACAUAAACCUAUUGAUAACUUAGCAACAAGUGAAAAUAAAAUCGAUUUGUCUCAAGUUAAUAAUAUAAACAAUAAAGCCCUGAUUAACACCAAAGAAGAUAACGUUGAACCUUCAACGAGCAAAGGACCCUGCACUUGCACAUGUGGAAAUAAUAUUGACCAAAAGGUUCCGAGCGCCAAAUCGUCCAAUUCAAAUAAAAAUUCAAAAACUCCUGCAAAAAGUUCUCCCGUAGCUAAGACGAAAGCUCAAUCAUCAGGAAAAAGUAAUAUUACUAAGAGUGACAAGACUGACGAUAAAAAUAUUUCUACUUUAAACAAUGUAGAACCAAAGAUCCCAUCAAGCAAUGGUGCAUCUGAACUGGCAAAUAUACCAUCAGAGGGAUCGGUAAGCGUUGCACCCAGCUCACAAGAGGAUAUCAAAUCGGAGAGUGUUCCUGAUAAACUAGUAGCAUUAGAGUCACAAAACAUUCCAAAUGAAGAAAUUGAAGCAAGAGUACAAACUGAACAAAAGACAGGAGAGGAAAAUAAGGCUGAAAAUAUUGUUCAAAAAGACGAAAAACCAGAAACUUCGAAUCAAAUUGUAGUCAAUACACCAGUUAUAACCAAAAGACCAGUGAAAGAAGAAAAAGCCCUGAGACCUUUAAUAGCAACUCCUCGUCCAUUGCAGAAAAAAGCUCCUCAAGUGAUUCAUUCGUCAGAUUCAUCUGAUUCCUCUUCAGAAGAGGAAUCCUCAGACGAAGACGACGACGAUGAUGAUUCGGAUGCUAGUGAAGCUUCAGCCGAGUUCUAUGAGUGUGAAAAUAAUCCAGAUGGAAGAACCUCUACGGGCUCCAAUGAUUCUGGCUUCGAUUCUUCAGCACCGGCAUCGCCUGCAACGUUUUCACAAAUUAAGAAAGGUGCCGAGGCUGCCGGAACGUCGGGUGCGGCGCCCGCGCACGGCAAUAACACAGACAUCCUAGAACAGGAGCUUGAGCAAUCCACUGCCUACGACAUCUUUAGGAAGACGGGUCGGUUCACUCCCCCCGCGCGGUCUAUUCCUCGCUUCAGGAAAUAUACCGUUGAAGACUUCCAGUUUAUCAAGGUGUUGGGCAAAGGCAGUUUCGGAAAAGUAUUAUUAGCUGAACUUCGCGACACGGAGUACUACUACGCCGUGAAGUGUUUGAAAAAAGAUGUGGUUCUAGAAGACGAUGACGUGGAGUGCACUUUGAUCGAGAGGAAAGUUCUCGCACUUGGCACAAACCAUCCCUACCUCUGCCAUUUGUUCGCCACUUUCCAGACGGAUUCUCAUCUAUUCUUCGUGAUGGAGUACCUGAAUGGCGGUGACCUGAUGUUCCACAUUCAACAAAGCGGUCGCUUCCCGGAGGCACGCGCGCGGUUCUACGCUGCCGAAAUUGUAUCAGGACUCAAAUUCCUGCACAAGAGAGGCAUUGUUUACAGGGACUUAAAACUGGACAAUAUCCUUCUAGACUUUGAAGGUCAUGUCCGCAUCGCCGAUUUCGGCAUGUGCAAGCUUCAGAUAUACUUGGACAAGACCGCAGACACUUUCUGCGGCACUCCGGAUUACAUGGCGCCGGAGAUAAUCAAAGGCUUAAAAUACAACCAGACGGUGGACUGGUGGUCUUUCGGCGUGUUACUAUACGAGAUGCUGAUCGGUCAGAGUCCGUUCAGCGGCUGCGACGAGGACGAGCUGUUCUGGUCCAUCUGCAACGAGAUGCCGUCCUACCCGCGCUUCCUCUCGCAUGAGGCGCUCACCAUAUUGACUAGGUUAUUGGACAAGGACGCGCGGACCAGGCUGGGCGGCACCGAGUGCAUGCAUGGAGACAUCAGGGACCAGGACUUCUUCCACCAAAUCCACUGGGACCGGCUCGAGAGGCGGGAACUGGAGACUCCUUUCAGACCACGUGUGAGACAUCCAAUGGAUACCCAAUACUUCGACAAAGCGUUCACGGGCGAGCGACCCCGUCUAACAGCAGUAGAACCUCACGUUCUACGCUCUAUGGACCAAGAGCCCUUCAGGGGCUUCUCUUACACCAACCCCAACACGACGGACCGCUAAACUCAACUCUAUUACAUAGAGAGAUGGUUGAAAUUCCCUUGUUACAUUUAGCAGGCGCAGGCGCGUUUUCGAGAACGUUCGAUGCUUGAUCGUCGUGUGAGUCCCGCUGGACGGUAGUUUUUGACAGGCAAGUUUUAGUAGUCGUAACGAAUAAGUACUUAGAACCCAUGAGUGGGAAAUAGAAUGCUCUGAAUAGAUGAUGCACAGAUGCUUCUGUUUCACAGCAAUGCAUGGGUCGAGUACUUGAGCUGCCUUAUAAGUGUUGUAUUAAACGAAUCGGUACCCACAUGUAGGGGUAUCCGUAAAACCAGUUGAAAUGCAUAUCAAAUAAUAAAAUAUGUUAUUGUGUCUGGUACACGAAUUGUAUUAUUAAAUGAAAUAGAUGUUAGGUAAGGGCUGUAGCACACACGUUGUAUAACAAAAUAAAGGAAUUGUUUGAAUUAAAUAUAAUUUUUCAUGUAUUAUCUAGCGUUAUAAUAAUUCAACAGCAUGUGUGUAACAUAGUUAUAUGAAUAGAAAACAAAAAAAAUAUUUUAUAUGUUCACUUUAUUUAUUUGAUUAUUUUUAUUAUUGAUUUCAAAUUACACAAAUUCUACUUUAAUAAAUCAGUACUUAAUCAUGAAAUGUAAAUAUAAUGUUACAGUAUUUAAAAAGUUCUUUGUUUAACCAGUUUUAUUUAUAUUCUACUACAGAUAUUGUGUUAAAUAUUUAAUUAAUAUUAUGUAACUGUUGCAGGCUACCAAUUGUGCAAUAUUUCAGUGAACUACGUAGUUUUAUUUUCUUUAUAAUUACAUGUAUUGUCCUUGAUAUUAUGAGUCAAUUAUACCAAAGAUAGUUUGUUCGGAUUGUACAUUGUUUGUUGGAUAAUAAAUUUCAAAUUACAAA